ACGCUACAGGUUUCUUGGAUAAGGAAUUUGAGAGGGACUCGGGCCCGUCUAGUCAGAGGAAAGUCGCCUUUCAUCGAGGCCAUUCAUCACAUCGCCAUGGCUCCGACAAUUAUUUUGGGGCAAGAAGGGGCUAAAGUACCGCUCGGGGGACAAGUCUUCAGUGUCAUACUGGCUUUAACGGCAGUCACUGUCCUGACUUUGUUUAUGACACAAAGAGUCCUUGCAAUCAAAUUUUGGCGCCGGCUGCCACCUGUAGUUUGGUUGGUGUUUGCCAUAUAUAUUGACUCGUACAUGUUCGUUGUUGCCACUGCGAUUUUGCAGCACUCACUUGGGGUCAACGCUGGCUUCGUUAUUUGUGAAGCGGAAAUCAUACUGUGCUUGGCAUGCUAUGUUACCACAAAGGUGAUGCUCUUUAUCUACUUGUUUCUCGUUGAAAAGGCAUAUAUUAUUCGCGGUGUAACAAAGCCUCGCAUGAAAUCCACUCUGUACCUGGUAAAUUCUCUUGGAAUGCUCACCAUAUACAUAGGAGUGGUCAUAUUAAACUUUGUCUACCGCAUUGCAAGAAUGCAUGAUGGAGAAUGCAUAAUAGGGAUGGAAAAGGUCUCAAUGAUUCCUCUCAUCUCUUUCGAUGCGCUGAUCAAUGUGUACCUGACAAUUAUGUUUCUUAUACCUUUGAAGAGACUCCAUUCUUAUGCCAACAUGGCGAGAACUCGAGCUUCCAUUCGUCUUCGGACAGUGGCAUUCCGAACAUUCUGCGGCACAGUCUGCACACUAGUAAGCAGCAUUGUCAAUCUCUGUGUGUUAAUGGCCCGUAACGGAGAACCUGGAUGGAUCUGCUUGAUGAGCUGCAACUGUGACAUCCUGUUUUCUGUAAUUGUCAUCCAAUGGGUGACAUCCAGGGAUAACGCCGGGACAGCAAGCGUCAACUCAUCCGGGGAGCCCAGACGAUCGCGAGAUCUCGGCUCAGGGGCAAAUCGAAUAUCAACGCCAAGCGAAUUUCAAGAGACACUAUCAUCGACAUUGGCCGAUAUAUCGCUCGUGCCAACCAGGCGGCGAUCCCGCGAUGGCGAUCGUGAUGAUCCCUAUGAGCACGACACCCCUGAUGGCGCCGCUGCCAAGAUGACCAAAAACCCCUCCAAUGCCGUCACGGUAACGACGACGAUAAAAAGAGAGGUCGGGCCUAACCCAAAUUACCUUUCCGGACUGCAUAUCGAAUCAUCCACUACUUGUGGACGCGAGUGCCUAAUAUCCCUGACAUCUGGCGCGAUAGAUGAGAGGUUCCCCCCGCUGGAGACCAAGAUUACUGCCGGGCGGUCGCACUCUUUGGAGGGCUCCGAUCAGUCAAAAGUCGAUGCUUGUCACUGUCAAUCCUUUUCCCUUUGA